AUGGUGUCAUCGAUGGUCAUCAGCGGCUCUAUCGGCGCCGACCGCCGCAUGUCUUCGGCCACCACAUCGACCACCACUUCGACCACCACUUCGACCACCACUUCCUCAUCGUUGGUGUCGUUGGCGGACACUGUGCUCACCAAAGCCUAUGAGUCCCGUAAUCCCGAUUCGGAAUUGAUGAGACUCUGCGACACGUAUUACACGUCCAAUAAGGAGACCAAAGACCGGUUCCUAUACUUCAUUGCCGAUGAUCUGGCCGUCAGUUCCACUCAAGCCGUCAAUGUUGUCCAUAACUUCCUGUCCACUAAAGUAUAUCUCUUAACAUACAGCAAACACCACUUGCAGAACAUUCACAGAGACACAACAGAGGUAAUCUGGCGGCUACUGAGCCUCCUGAAACACUACAGACAGCUGUUUGAAGCGAGUGUUAACGCAGGUUUCAUAAACCAACUGUUUAGUCAGAUAUCGCGUCUCGAGAAUGGCGUCAAAUUCAUUGUCGACAUGCGAUCCGACCUCAGGAUCUCUGAGUACGAAGCCGUCCAUCCCAUGCGGUCGUGGGCUGACCUCAAGCGCCGUUUGGGUCCAUACCGGCGCUGUUUUGUCUUCUCUCACAGUUGCCUUCCCUGCGAGCCGUUAGUCAUACUUCACGUCGCCUUAACGCCAUCCAUUUCCUCCUCUAUUCAAGCAAUCAUCCAAAGGACAGUCCCGACGCCCAGUCUUAUGAACGAGAGUUUUGCGUCGCUUCCGAGGGAUUCUGGUUUUGGUGUCAAAGAGGAGUCGGAAGGUCUGGACGCCGCCAUAUUCUACUCAAUCACUUCCAGUCAAAGAGGACUGCACGGCAUUGAGUUGGGAAACCAAUUGAUUAAGCGAGUGGUCCGAGAGUUGCGGUCGGAGUUCCCGUUAUUAUCGCAAUUCUCGACACUCUCACCGGUGCCCAACUUCUGCGAGUACCUCUUGUCUGAGAUGCAGUCCAUACAAAACGGCGAUUUAGUCAAACAGCGGAGUUUCGUGUCGGACGAGGAGCUACAGGCGCUGAAACAGCACUUUUUCGGCGACUACUCGUCCGUGUCGGACAUAUGGCCCAAACUCAUGACACUGAUUAAGAGCUGUCAAUGGAUAGAGGAUGAGAAGCUGACAAACCUCUUGCACGAGCCACUCAUGAGGAAGUGCGCCCAUUAUCUCUACAAUGAGAAGCGCAGGGGAUAUGCAUUGAAUUCUGUCGCCCACUUUCACAGCCGAAACGGCGCUGUCAUGUGGCGAUUGAAUUGGUUGGCCGACCUCAGCACCAAAGGUAUGUCCAACUCGUGCGGAAUGAUGGUUAACUACCGGUAUUUUCUGGACACUGUCGACACCAAUAGCCAUAUUUACACAGAGAAUCGACAGAUAGUGACUGACAAACAGGUCCUCAAAUGGAUUACUAAGCCUUUGACUUCUAAUCUUUGAUUUUUUGCAAUUAUCUGUUAUUUACGUGAUUUUUAUCAGUCGUUUAUGUUUUUGUAUAUAUAUUUAUAUACGAAUUGUUUACAGAGUUUUUCUAUUUUAGAGUUUAC